AUGUAUGGGAGCUAUUCUAUUACACGGAUUAAUGAAGUUCAAUAUAGCCUAUGGGCCAUGACGAGGGUGAAGAGCACGUUUGCGCUGCAAAAAUCCAUGCUUGCGGAGAGCCUUGUAGCCUCAUCAAAUCAGAUGGAACACGGUUAUGUACCAGCCGACGGGAGCACACCCAGCAUACAUGUGACCGAUCUUUCUCCUGCCCCAUCAAAUGUCAACUUUGUAAUUCUUUCUGCCAAGUCGAGGAUCACUUUCAUGCGCUCGACCAUAAUGCAGUUCAUCUUUGCGGAGUCCACCUUUAUUGGCAAGCAUGCUACUUAUCAGUACACAAAGAACCGAACCAACUCAAACAUGCUGGACCUCAUGUCCAUUCUCAAGAUCCUAAGGCAUUCCAUUAUUGCGAAGAACGCUGUAAACAUUGCGAAUACUACUGCACUCUCCCGACAUCCGCAAAACGAACACGAGACAUCGCAUGGCUCAAUGUCACAAACUGAAUGGGUCAUCGAGGGAGACGAUGAUGCGACCUUGGAACUAGAAGGGCGCAAAUAUGCGACAGGAGAUAGCGGCGCCCCUAUGCUCUGUUCCAUGCUAUGUAAAACAUUAGGGAGGCAUGCUCAUAUCGAUACCUGUCGUGCUGAUGAUCCAGCAAAUUGCAGUGAUGCAGGAGUUGAGCACAUCAAACAAAAAAAUGGACCUGGGAAUCAUGAUUGGAUCACCCAUAGGCUUUUCUGGGCUCGUAGUGGUGACGAACAUGACAAGGAUACCAACCCUAAUGCAGUCGCUUCUUAUUGUACUCUACCACUAUUCCACGGGCCAGCUGAUGCGGCAGACGCGCCACCAUUGGGACAUAUUUCUCAAGAUGGGCAUGCUUACAACUGCAAGAACCCAGCGGAGAUGCAGCGCUCCUUCCAUAUGUUGGAGGCCACCAAUAAAAUCGUUCAGAAGGCGGAUAAUAGAUUUGGCGCUGUCAUCUCCUCUAUUUAUGGCUUCUGGACUGCCCGUGAGACGGCUGUUAGGGCCGGUGCUAAGAAUGGGAUGCGACGAGACGCAUACAGCAUCAUUACGUUUGAGUCGUCGGCAUCAGUUACCAUAUCCAACGACACGUCGAGUGAUCCCGAUCAACUCCUCGAUUUAAUUUUGAACAAUGCAAAUUACUAUGGCGGCACGAAUUUCACUCGUGCUAUAGAAACCAUACAACAGCAGAUGGAGGACACUUGGUCUACAGAGCGGUCCGUAUCAACUAGACCGAUACUUCUCAUCUGA